AUGAAGUUUGCGAUUCUUUGUGCUCUUUUGGGUGUCGCCGUUGCGAUGCGCGAUCAAUCGAUCGCAGUUAAGGUAACUCACUUAUGCUUAACAGCUAGACCCUUAAUAAAGUUCUAUUUUCAGGGUAAACUAGUCUGUGGGCCAAAGCCUGCGGCGCAAGUCCGCGUCAAGCUUUGGGAGGAAGAUUCCGGACCGGAUCCAGAUGAUCUUCUCGAUCAGGGAUACACUGAUGCCAAUGGUUUGUUCAAUUUGAAAGGUGGAACUGCUGAAUUGACAACUAUUGAUCCAAUUUUCAAAGUUUAUCAUAAUUGUGACAAGGGAUUGAAGGUUUGUGAAGGGAUUUUUGAUCAUGAAAAUUUGGGGUUUUGCAGCCAGGAUCUCGCAAGAUCAAAUUCAAACUUCCCGCUUCUUACAUCACCAAUGGAAAAGUUCCCGCAAAAACUUUCGAUAUUGGAACUCUUAAUUUGGAAACUGUUUUCGCUGAGGAGGAAAGAGAACUCAUUGUUUCAUAA